AUGUUAUCCUUACUCAUCCCCAUAAUAUUCCUCUCUUCCCUCACCACGAGCCAAAACCACACCCUCACAUUCCAAAACCUUUUCCCCACCACCCGUCUCCUAAUCUUCACUCCCAACCCCAACAGCUACUCCAUCCCCGCGCAAUCAAUAGAGCCCUCUCAACACCUCAAUCUCUCCAUCCCCAACUGGGCCGUAAAUUUCAAAGCCGUCGAUCCCAAACUCUAUAAUCUGGAUCAUCCAGGUCCCGAACAGUAUAUUCUGGGCGAAGUAUGUUUUGCGUGUUGGCAGGAUAUCACGUUUUUUGAUGUUAAGGCCAUUUGGAAUUGUUGUGAUAAUGAGGGGGUGCAUUGGAUGUGGGGAUUUGAUUAUGAUGGGGAUUAUGAGGGGAGUAGAGAGGGAUUUGGGGAGAGUGAGGUUUCUGGGUGUAAAAAGUUUCCUUGUGGGGAAGUGUAUAAUGAGAGUGAUGAUGUGCAGACGAAGACGACGACGAAAGAUGCAAUUUGGGUGGUGUUAGGGCCGUAA